GGUUCUUGCUUGAUGACUAUCUGUUAACUUAUUUCCUCGCAAAAUUGUGUUCAAACCCACAAAGCUGUUUAAAUCCUCAAAAAGCGACCCAACCAUCCUCAACAACACCCAUAAUGUGUUUCACAUAUCAAGUCGAUUACGGUUGCACAAAUGAGCGCAAAGAGCGACACAAUCUCUUCGUGCAUCGUCGCUGCGAACUCGGAAGACUCGAAAGAUGUCCUAUCACGGUGAAAAUCAUUGAACUCAACCGUCUAUUUUGCGAGGAGUGUCUCGAAAGGGGACUGGCCACCACAAAAUGCCCUCCGUAUAAGAUUCCCGGCACACGCGCAAAGUAUUUAGUUCAAGCGCUAGAUCAGGAGGCGCAGAAUGGAGAGGUCGUACUGAAAAACGAUUAUCUGAAGCGUCAGGCUUUAUUUUUCAGCGGCUGUUCGGUGGCGAGGAAUCUCCAGGGAAUCUCCGGAGAUCAUGCACCCUUCCAUAUCCAGGAACUCAUGCACCGACGACUCAAUAAUCAGGAUAUCGAUAUAAUCAAAAGACUCGCCAUCGAAACACAGCGUGUUCAUGUGGGUGGUUUCGCGAACGGAUAUUCUUAUGUGUACCCGGUAGCGACAAUGCUACACAAAGCCCUGCUGGGAAGCAUCAUUGUCCGCGCGGAAUCUAAUGGUAUUAUUCAAUCAUGCUGUAAGCGCGGAACACACGAGCCAUUGGAUAUCGGAUACCAAGGAGUGAAUGUCGCUGUUCGUUUUGGUCUUGCCAAUGUUGCCAAUCCUCACGAUAACGAAAGAGAAUGCGGGAGCUGCAAUAAUCAUCCGCGUCCUGAUGGCCAGCCGUGUUUAGAAUGCAGACGCAGUGUGAAGAGAUAUGUAAAAUAUAAGGGAAAGGCUGGCAGUGUGGAUUUUGUAGACUCGAAUAUCACGCCUUGGGAACUGAGAGUUGUGAAGGAUAUGUAUGGAAGAUUCUAUUCCGAGAAUGCUAAGCCGGCGAGUUUUAAGAAAUCAACGCGAUGAAAUCUCGGUGUGCUGAAUCCGGGGAUGGUGUAGUUCAGGCCUCUGCCACAUGUAUUGUAUUUCAUAGUGCUUUAGAAGAAAUUAAUGCAUGGUUUUCGUCCACA